AUUCUCGAUAAUCUUGUAGUACACAUCACUAUUUUCACCUUGUGAAGGUUAAACCUUUAGUGCUCUUGUCGUGAACCGGCAAUAUUACUUCAAUUUUUAGUCAGUGAAGGUUAAAGAAGUCAAUCUUCGAUUUGAUACCCUAUUAACAAUUCUAAGGAAGGAUAAAUCUUUUAGCCAAAAUGCCAAUAAAGUCAAUCAAGGCACGUCAAAUUUUCGACUCCCGCGGUAACCCCACAGUCGAAGUCGAUCUCGUAUCAGACUUAGGCCUUUUCCGUGCUGCUGUACCAUCUGGAGCAUCUACUGGUGUCCAUGAAGCUCUAGAACUCAGAGACAAUGUAAAGGGUGAAUAUCACGGAAAAGGUGUCCUCACAGCCAUCAAGAACAUCAAUUCCAUCAUUGCUCCUGAAUUAUUGAAACAGAAUUUGGAGGUCACCCAACAAAAAGAUAUUGAUCAAUUUAUGCUCGGUUUGGAUGGUACUGAGAAUAAGUCCAAACUUGGUGCCAAUGCAAUCCUCGGGGUUUCGUUAGCUGUUGCAAAGGCUGGUGCAGCUAAGAAGGGUGUGCCUCUCUACAAGCAUCUCGCUGAUUUAGCUGGCAAUAAUGACAUUGUUUUGCCCGUGCCUGCCUUUAAUGUUAUCAAUGGCGGAUCUCACGCAGGAAAUAAACUGGCUAUGCAAGAGUUCAUGAUCUUGCCAACUGGUGCCUCUUCAUUCAGUGAAGCUAUGCGCAUGGGCUCUGAAGUGUACCACCACUUAAAGAAAAUCAUUAAAGAGAAGUUUGGUCUGGAUUCAACCGCUGUCGGUGAUGAGGGUGGCUUUGCUCCCAACAUUCUGAACAACAAAGAUGCUUUAUACCUCAUUCAAGAUGCUAUACAGCAAGCCGGAUACAGUGGCAAGAUUGAAAUUGGUAUGGAUGUAGCUGCUUCCGAGUUCUUCAAGAAUGGUACCUAUGACCUGGACUUCAAGAACCCCAAGUCCAACCCAGCCGACUACUUGUCAUCUGAAAAGUUGGCUGAAGUCUACUUGGACUUCAUUAAGGACUUCCCGAUGGUAUCCAUCGAGGAUCCCUUCGAUCAGGAUGACUGGGCGGCCUGGGCUAGCCUGACAUCACGCACACCCAUCCAAAUUGUUGGAGAUGAUCUUACUGUGACUAACCCAAAACGUAUUGCUACCGCUGUUGAGAAGAAGGCUUGCAACUGUUUGUUACUGAAGGUGAACCAAAUCGGAAGUGUGACAGAGUCUAUUGAUGCCCACUUACUGGCCAAGAAGAAUGGAUGGGGCACCAUGGUUUCCCAUAGGUCUGGUGAAACUGAAGAUACUUUCAUUGCUGAUCUGGUAGUAGGACUGUCGACCGGCCAGAUCAAGACUGGCGCUCCAUGCCGCUCUGAGCGUCUCGCCAAAUACAACCAGAUCCUCCGUAUUGAGGAAGAACUCGGAGCCGCUGCUAAGUAUGCCGGCAAGAACUUCCGCAGACCCGUCUAGAAACAGAAGAAUAUGAAGCUGUUUAGCAAACAUCAUGUACACUCUAAGAUACUUUUGUAGAGUAAUAAUAUUUACUAUUACAAGUCGGUAUUUCAUUAUAUAAAGAGAUUACAGAAAACUGUAGACAGUUAUAUGUAAAGCAAAGAGUAUGUAAUUGUCUUAUUUAUGAUUUGUAUUUGAAUCUUUCAAAAUUAUUUGAGUAUGUGUUUGAAGAGCGAAUACAUGUAAGCCUAAGUGAAAGUGAAAUUUUAAAUUAUUAUUUAAAUAUAUCAUUAUAGUGAA